UUAGAGGAGAGCCACCGGAGACAACAACAAUGGAAGGGAGGAACAGUGUCGAUGAUCUGGACACUCGCCUUCAGCUUCUCGAACAACGCGUUUAUGGCGAAAGAGGAGGAAAACCCAAUAAACCAGUGAAGUGUGCUGAGUCCCUCACGAGGAUCAGUGCUGCUCUGGCAAACACCGCAAACAAGAGAGAGCGAGUCAAGAUCCUUCACAAGAAAAUUGAAGAUUUGCUGAAGUAUUUGGACCCCCAGUUCACAGACUUCAUCUGUGUGCCGGACGCAAUGAAACUAGAGUUCAUUCUAGCGGAGGAAGACUUUCUGCGGUCUCAGGCCACGUUACUGGAGCAGGUGCACAAUCUGCAGCCUCUUCUGGACAGCAGCCACAUUAAAGCGGUUCCAGAGCUGAGCACUAAAGUGCAGCGGUUGUCACAGAUUCACAUUCAACAGCAGGACCAGAAUGAAGAGUUAUCUGCUGAAGUGAAGAAGCUGUUUGAAGAAUACAACAAAAUGAUGUUUCUCUUAUCAAAGCAGUUUUCUCAGUGGGAUGAAGCUCUCCGGAAGCUGGAAGGACCCAAGCAAGGCCAGCAGAUAGACUAGGAUGCUAAUGCUUAGAUUCGUCAUCGCAGAUAUGAUUAAUAAGACAGCACUGUCAUUCAUAAACACACCUGGUUUAUACUGUAAGUUAGUGUUGUUAAAGGUCUUCGAUCUGCCGUUGAUCUAAAUUAUGUACCAGUAUGGUCAAUAUUUUAAGUGAUUAUAUACUCAUUACAUUUCUCUGAUUGGAAAAUGUAUUCUAAUCAUUCAGUAAACUCAUUUUGCUUUUUAAUUUAUGUAUUCCAGCUAUUGUAAGGAAUGAUGUGUAUGAGGUUGUUUUUGUUUACUGUCUUUAGAAAACUCACAACACCAAAAAAAAACAAAAAAAAAAG